CCAUUAUUAAUUAAAAUGAGGUCAAUCAAAUGCAUUGGAAGAGAUACGUUCCUUUUUGAGAUUUACUCAAAAGUAAAAAUGAAGCCAUUUAUGAAGAAAGAAUUUUUAAAAGUGCCUAAAAUAUUCCAGCAUUGUUUUUCAACUUCUGCUAUUCAAAAUGAAAAAUUUAGUUAUCAUUUAUUGAUAAUUGGUGGAGGAACAGGUGGAAUAUCAAUUGCUGCAAAAUUUGGAUCUAAGUUAGGAAAAGACAAAGUUGCUAUUAUUGAACCAUCAAAUGUACAUUAUUAUCAGCCAUACUGGACCUUAGUUGGUGGUGGUUUGAAAAAUGUAGAAAAGUCUAGGAAAGAUAUGAGUUCUGUAAUUCCAAAAAAUGUUAAAUGGAUAAAAGACUUGGCUGUGAAAUUUGAGCCUGACAAAAACACAAUAUUUACAGAAAAACAUGAGGUAGCAUAUGAUUUUCUAAUUAUUUCCAUGGGGAUAAUACCAAAUUUUAAAAAAAUAAAGGGUUUACCAGAAGCAUUUCAAAGUCCAGGCAUUUGUUCAAAUUAUUCUUACAACACUGUUACCAAAACUCCUGAAGCAGUUAAAGCAUUUUAUUCAGGAAAUGCAAUAUUUACUCAACCUCCAAAUCCUAUCAAAUGUGCUGGAGCCCCUCAGAAAAUUUUAUAUCUUACGGAUUCUAAUUUCAGAAAGGUAAUAUCACGUUUUGUUUGUUUUUAUUUAUAUUAUUGUCAAAGAGAUAUAUUUCAGUUCAUUUUUAUUUAUAAUAUAAUUUGUUAUUUUAAAUUUAUAAUUUUGAUUUUUCAGUAUGAAAUGAUUCAUAUUGUACCACCAAUGAGUCCACAUGAAUCUUUGCGAAAUAGUAAAUUAGUUGAUUCAACAGGAUUUUUAGAUGUUAACAAAUAUACAUUACAACAUAAUAAAUAUUCAAAUAUAUUUGGUCUGGGUGACUGUACUAAUGUUCCUACUUCAAAAACUGCUGCUGCAGUUGCUGCUCAGGUUGGGGUAUUGAAAAAUAAUAUGAUUGCUGUGAUGGAAGGAAAAUCUUUACCAAGAAAAUAUGAUGGUUACUCAUCGUGUCCCUUAUUAACCAGCCUUAAUCGAUGUGUUUUGGCAGAAUUUGAUUAUGAUCUCCAGCCUUUAGAAACAUUCCCUUUUGAUCAGGGAAAAGAAAGAAGAAGCAUGUUUCAUUUAAAGAAAGAUUUAAUGCCUGAAUUAUAUUGGAAAUUUUUCUUAAAAGGCUAUUGGGAAGGUCCACAUUUUCUGAGGAAAUUAUUUCAUUUUGGAAUGAGUAAAUGAUUAAUUUCUAAAAAUCUGUUUAUAUGUUAAAACAUAUAAUUAUAUUAUUAUUAUUACAAUUACAUUCUAUUUUAAAAUGAAAUGUUAUUUUUA